AUGAAGCUACUCAAAUAUCUUGUUCUCGUCCCCUUAGUGACAUUUGAGAUAUUGGCAUCACCGUCAUUAAGCCAUGGCGUCGAGACUUUCAAGUACGAGAUUCCCGCCAAGCGGACGAUACCCGGUUCCCACAUCCAACACGAGAAGCGUACCGAAGAACAGGGAAGAAGAUGGGUGAAAUUUUCACAAGCACAACAUGAUGCCAAACUGCCCAUGCGCAUUGGUCUGAAACAGAGAAAUCUUCAGGAGGGUCAUGAUCUCUUGAUGGACAUAUCGGACCCCAACUCAGAGAGCUAUGGCAAACAUCUCUCUGCGGCUCAAGUGAUUGAUCUGUUCGCGCCGUCUGAUGACAGUGUCGAUGCGGUCACCCAAUGGCUAGUAACAUCGGGGAUCCCGCGGUUUACGAUUUCGCAGUCUUCGAACAAGCAGUGGAUCCAGUUCGACGCCCCCGUACGGAAGGUUGAGGAAUUGCUGAUGGCAGACUACCAUGUCUACAAACAUAGAGACACCGGGGUCAAGAAUGUGGCCUGUGAAGAAUACCAUGUCCCCAAAGGGGUUCAGGAGCACAUUGACUACAUUACACCUGGAAUCAAGCUGAUGGGUUUCGGGGAUCCACAAGACCCUAUCAUGGCGAAAAGGAGUACGGGUCCGGAUGGACAGGGACCGGCGCGGUUCGCUCUACCGGUGGAAACAGUGCCUGCGAAUAGUCCUAUCAAGUUGAACGGCGACUGCGACAGGUACAUCACACCAGAUUGUAUCCGAAAUCUCUACCAGAUUCCCAACGGCACAAAAGCCCACCCCGACAAUAAGAUGGGAAUCUUUCAGAGCCUGGGCCAGCACUAUGCACAAGAAGACCUUGAUACCUUUUUCUGGGCUUUCACAGAAAACAUUCCCAACGGAACACACCCCGAGCUCCGGUCCAUCAACGGCGGUGAAGGCCCAGCCAAGUCGAUUAGCUCAGCGGGCGCCGAGUCGAAUCUCGACUUUCAAAUGGCUUACGGACUGAUCUGGCCUCAGCAGACGGUCUUGUUUCAAGUAGACGACGAGUACUAUCAAUACAACCAGACGACGAGUAACACACCGUACCGUGGUUUCUUCAACAACCUCUGGAAUGCCCUAGACGGCUCCUACUGCCUCUCCACCUCCUUCAACGAGACGGGAAACUGCGUCCGUCCGGCGUGUCUCGACCCCUCCUACCCGAACCCGAACCCGGGCGGGUACCAGGGCGAGCUUAUGUGCGGUGUCUACUCCCCCACCAACGUCAUCUCCAUCUCCUACAGCGGGGGUGAAAUCGAUCUCCCGGCCUCGUACCAACAGCGCCAAUGCGCCGAGAUCAUGAAGUUGGGUUUGCAAGGAACGACGGUUCUGAUUGCGUCGGGGGAUAGCGGGGUGGCUAGUUUUAGUGGGGAUCCGUUGCCGGACGGAUGUGUCGGCGAAAGACACGAGGUGUUCCAUCCACAGUUUGUGGCCAACUGUCCAUAUGUGCUUGCGGUAGGAUCGACGUACCUCCCGUCCGGGAAAUUUGAAGCUGCGGAUGAGGUGCCAACGGAGAGAUUUGCGAGUGGAGGGGGGUUCUCAAAUGUGUUUGAUCGGCCCGCGUGGCAGGAAAGACACGUCAAGGGGUUCCUGGCGAGUGCGAAUCUGAGUUUUGAAGGAUAUGAGGGUGGUGGAGAGAAUUACAGUAAUGUUUAUUCGGGAAAGGGGCGGUACAAUAAGCUGGGGAGGGCGUAUCCGGAUGUUGCGGCGAAUGGGGACAACCUUGUUAUCUCACAUGGAGGGGAGUUGAUUCGUAUUGGGGGGACGUCGGCUUCGUGUCCGUUGUUUGGGAGUAUUUUGAACUUGAUUAAUGAGGAGAGGCUAGCAGUUGGGAAGAGCACGGUGGGGUUUGUGCAUCAAGUUCUGUAUGAACAUCCGGAGUUGUUUACCGACAUCACCACUGGGAAUAAUCCGGGUUGUGGCACAAAGGGAUUUCCGGCCACCAAGGGAUGGGAUCCUGUUUCUGGAUUUGGGACUCCCGUGUACCCCAAGUUCUUAGAACUAUUCAUGAGUUUACCCUAG